AUGGUGAUGAUCCUGAGGAAGAGCCUCGAUGCCCAGGCCGCCGACACCGUGGCCGGCAGGUCCUUCGACUCUGAGCUGCGCCCGCCGGAGAAGAUGAGCCACGGCCCGACCCUGUUCUCCUGCGGAGUGAUGGAAAAUGACAGAUGGCGCGACCUGGACAGGAAGUGUCCCCUCCAGAUGGACGCGCCGAGCGCCGGCCUCUGGGAGCGCCUGCCCGCGCGGUGCCUGGACGGCACGCUGUGGCCCCCGGAGGCGGCCACCGCGGGCACCGUGACCAGCCUCAUCCAGGACCUCAGCCUCAGCGACCGCCGCGGGGCCCCCUCCGCGCCGCCCAGCAAGCGCCAGUGCCGCUCCCUGUCCUUCUCCGACGAGCUGUCCGGCGGCCGGCCCUCCUGGCGGCCCCUGGGCUCCCGCGUCUGGACGCCCGUGGAGAAGCGGCGCUGCCUGAGCGGGGGCAGCGUGCCCCGCGCGGCCGGCCCCGGCCCCGGCCCCGGCCCCGUGCAGCGCAGCUCCAGCUUCAGCCUGCCGUCCCGGCCCUCGCCCGCCUCGCCCGCCUCUCCUCGUCGCCCGGGGGCGGCCGCCUGCGGACCGGGGGACCCCUGGAGCCCGGGCCGGGGCCCCGUGGGCGGGCGGCUGGACAUGCAGCGCUCCCUGUCCUGCUCCCACGAGCAGUUCGCCUUCGCCGAGCUCUCGGCCUGCAGCGCGCCCGCCUCCACGCCCGCGCUGGCCCGGCGCCCCGGAGGGCUGGCCCGCAGCCGCUCGCAGCCCUGCGUCCUCAGCGACAGGAAGGCGGGCGUCAAGCGGCGGCGCCCCGAGGAGGGGCCCGAGCCAAGGCCCUCCCUGGACCUGGCCAAGAUGGCACAGAACUGCCAGGCCUUCAGCAGCCUCAGCGGGACGGAGGACCGCGCCCCCCGCAGCCCCUUCGCCCUGCACGUCGGCAGCACCCGGGCCUGGGCCGCCCUGUUCUCGGCCGCGGCCGCCGGGCCCGGGGGCAGGACCCCCGCCGGGACCCCGGUGCCCGAGCCGCCUGCCCCCUCCUUCGACGCCCUGGCCUGCACGGAGGAGCUGUGCUGGGAGGAGGCGGAGGGCGGCGCCCCGGGCGAGGGCUGCGGCCGGCGGGGGGAUCCCGCCCCCGCCUGGCGGGACCGGGGGGCCGAGAGCAGCCCCUGCUCCCUGGACGGCGAGCUGGACAUCGAACAGAUAGAGAACAACUGA